AUUCAUUCGCUUACACAUUUAUACACACAGCAGUAAACUCAUCAUUAAGGCAAGUUUUGAAGAGCAGUUUCAUCGAUUGGCUUCAGUGAAAUCACUAACUCGACGCUUUCAAGCGUCUGUAAAAGCGCUAUCAAGUUGCGUUGGUAGUUACAGACGGCAGACAUGAAGGGUAUAUAAGAUCUGGCUUCCAUCACUCUCGAUUUAUUUAGGACCUCGAGCAAAGACUAGUGGAGUUACAGUACUUCGUCUUUCGAUAUAACUAGGCAAAUGCAAUAAUGUUGUUUUAUUGGAUUGACUUGUUCUUGAUAGGGAAACUUUGCAGCAGUUUUAUUUAAGGGAGUUCGGGAAGGUCAUAUCGUAUCAUCUUCAGUUCUCUCAGCAGUCAGCCGUCUACUCCUCUUGAAUAGGCAUUUACCAUUGUGCGGACAGCAGUGUUGGGAUGGCUUUACAAGACGUGUGCGGUUUCCAUGACACCCCUGCAUACCCCAGAUGGAACUCUCCAGCGUUGCUGUCCUUGCCAGUGGGAGAUACCAUUUUGCACUUUCAGAGGGGAUUCGGAAGCAGCAUGUAUGAUUUCGGAGAUGCGCGCUCUGCUGGAAAAACCAGUGGGAAUGCGCUGGAGCUCUAUGUACCGGUAUUGGACUACCUCAGCCAAAGCCCUAUUAAUUUUGGCCAGAUUGCCUCCAACACACUACCAAGCCACCCUCCGCUUUUCCAGUCUCCUACUCCAUUGUCACCCUCCUGUCUUCCUGUGUCCAUUCCUCUGCUGUCCUCAUCUAUCCCUCCCAGUCCUUCUGUCCCCUUACCCUUCCCGCUGUCCCAUGGUACCACCACGCUGGCCUUUGCCUUCCAGGGCGGGGCCAUCGCCGCGGCCGACACCCGGUCCAGCUGUGGUGGUCUCGUUGCCUGCCCUGCCUCCCAUAAGGUCCUGCCCGUGCACUCGCACAUGGUGGGCACCACGUCCGGCACGUCUGCCGACUGCGCACUCUGGAAGCGCAUCCUGGCCCGGGAGUGCCGCCUCUACCAGCUGCGCCACCGCCGGCGUCUGACAGUAGGGGGCAGCGCUAAGCUGCUCUCGCACAUGCUGCAUCCCUUCAAGGGCACCGAGCUUUGUGUGGCAGCCACCUUGUGCGGCUGGGAUGGCGAAGUUGAAGGGGGUACAGAGGACAAGUCGGGUGGCAGGGAUUCUUCCCUGGAGCAAACCGGCCUGAGAAAAGGUGGGUGGACCCAAAAUAUGGACAAUCCUGAGCAGACACUGGUCCUUCCUACAGAUUCGGGAGCAGGAGAGGUGAGCAGGGCAUCCCGUGAAAUAGAUCGGAAGUCAGUGGGCGGAAAUGUGGAUAGGGCACCAGGUGGCCCACCAGCCACGGCAGCGGAGGGAACCCAGGAUGGAGGAUCUGGAUAUGAGAGUGGCACCUCACCAGCUGCUGCAACCAGAGCCCCAGCUUUGGCUCCGGGCCCCCGGCUCUGCUACGUGUGCAGCGACGGCACUCUGCUGAAGGGUGGGCUCUUCUCCGUGGGCUCCGGCUCCCCCUACGCUUACUCCGUGCUGGAUGCGGGGCUUCGCUGGGAGCUGAGCGUACCAGAGGCGUGCUCCCUGGCCCGGGAGGCCGUGUUCAGGGCCACGCACCGGGAUGCAUACUCCGGGAACUGCGUGGACCUCUUCCACAUCACCGCACGAGGCUGGAGACGGCGGGCGAGGGAGGACCUGAAGGAGGAGUACUAUAGGGAGAAGGAGAGGGAGAGGGAGAGGGUGGAGGAGAGAAGGAGGGAGAGGGAGAGGGUGGAGGAGAGAAAAUAG